GGCUACCUAUGGGCUAUAGGAUGAAAAAUGACAUAAAGCAUUGUCCCUAGGAACACAAAGAAGCACGCACCAAUGAGAGGCAAUGAUGUAUAUAUAUAUUCAUGCAACCUCACAAACCAUUUCCUCACCCUGCAUCUCAUUAUCAUACUUUUGCUGCCUGAUCUCAAACACAUCUUCUCCACCUACUGAAAAUGAGAAGCGAGGAUAGAGAUCAUGAGACAGCGAUACGAGGUGCAGGGGAGGGGUUGAGUUUAAGCAAGGGAGGAGAAAACAUACCUUCAAACUCAGCCUUUCCAAAGCUGUUUUCGUGCAAUUUCUGUACGCGAAGGUUUUACAGCUCUCAGGCAUUGGGUGGCCACCAGAAUGCUCACAAGAGGGAAAGAGGCGCGGCAAAAAAGUUCAACUCGCUGGACAUGCCGUUCCAUAACAGUUAUGUGUUUAUAAGAUCUAUGGGGGUUACCCCUCAUGGAGUUGUGCAUAAGCAGGGCAAGAUUGGAGGUACAGCUGUGGCAAGGUUUGGGAGGCUUCCUAGUAAUACCAGGUUGUCUGGUCUGAUGGACAAAGCAGCAGACUCAAUAUGGUCAGGAAGUUUUAGGUUCAAUCCUCAACAUCCUGAAGAGCAGUCCUUGAAUAAUCCAAAUAAGCUUGACCUGAAUCUGAAACUGUAAAUACUUUGUUUGUACAUCUCAUUUUGGUUGAAUCUGACCUAGUAUGCCAUUGAUGAGAACUUACUUUUUAAAAGCUUUAGGGUUUGCUUUACGGUCUAUUUGGUUCAAGGGAAUAAAGGGGUCGAGGAGGAGGAAGUGUUUUCGUGUUACUAUGUUUGGUUGGAGAGGGGAGGUGAGGGGGGAAGGAAGAUAUUUUUAGUAUUCCCUCCAUCCUAUAAAAAGGAUCCGGAUAU